GGGGCCGAGAGGAGCCAUUUCUCUCUCUCGUUGAUUCAAAAGCAGCGACGAGGCGCAGAGCUCGUCCAAGAGCCUCAAACGACGAGGAGGUCUGAUAGAGGAGUCACAUCCGUCGGAGUCGAACGCAUCAUACAAAUUGGCAGCGAGUCGAUCCAAAUCGAUCGGUCGGGCGAGAACGACAGAUAUUGACCGAGCACGUCGGAAUUGGUGGGCACAAGCGAGACGAGGAGGCCUUGAAAGAACGACGACCAGGGAAGGGGAAAUCACCACGAGCUGCUCCGACACUCGUGAUUGACGACGAGGGUGCAGCGACGUUCGCUGAUUCAUUGCGGAGGGAGGGAGUGAGAUUUGUGUGUUUGUGUGUGGGGUGAGCUGAGAAGCAGAAGAAAUGACAUCCGCCGUGGCUGCCAACCAGAGUGGCGACGCUCUCUACCGAGGAGUGUCCGAAGGGACCGGCCUGGCGGCCGCCAAUUUGGCCCGGACAUCGACGGCCGAUGAAUCGGCCGAGCAAAUGCAGUCCUGCGAGUGCUGCGGUUUGAAGGAGGAGUGCACCAGAGCAUACAUAGGUCAUGUGCGCACUUUAUUUUGUGGAAGAUAUGUGUGCGGCCUCUGCGCCGAGGCUGUGAAGGAAGAGCGAGGCCGCUUGCAAUCGGCCUCGAUGGAAGACGCGCUCCGCGCUCACAUGGUCGUGUGCGCGCAGUUCAAUCACGCAGCUCGCGCAGACCCGCUGGUUCAGCUGGCUGCUGUAGCAGAGCUCAUGCGCCAGAUUCUUCGCAAGAGUGGCAGCAACCCCGGUUCUCCCAGCGGCUCCCCGAAGCGCCAAUGGCGCUCCAAUGUUGCCCCACUGCGCUCUCAAAGUUGCAUAGUCCUAAAGGCACCGUCCGCCGAAUUCAGUUAAUCCGUGCGCAUCUGUUUGCGGACGAUGCGAAGCGAGACAGGCGAGUCUCAGCCUGAGGAGCCUGAGGGUGGUGUAGUGUGGCAGGUGCGAAGAAGGUGAAGAGCAGCGAUGGUGGUGGAUGUGGGGACAUUUCCGAAUACCCAAUUAAGUGUUUAGAAUAGUAGAAAGGUGGAUCUGGACAGCACGGUGAAGUGGUCUUUUCAAUUAGUGACGUCGAUGCCCGUGUGUACAUACGGAGUGGCUGCGUCGCGGUGUUGUUUGGGUGUGGUGUUUGUAGUAGCGGAGCCGCCUGGUGGCCGCCGAUGGAGCACCUGCGACAUGUGGCUCUAAGUAGAUUUGUCUUGAGAUACAGCCCGUGCCAUGAGGAGGGAAACUCAAUUAUCAAACCGCUACUUUGUCAGAGAAUCUGCACGAGAGUAAUAGCGCGUUGAAAAAAUUUCUUUACAGCAUUUUCUGGAGUAAUCCACGAAGCAUAUUUGGUGUAUCUUAUGGUUUGGUAGUUGUCGAUUCGUGGAUCUGGCAACCUGUAGCUGAAGUGGGGCUGGUCGGCAGCUCGUUGCACCUCGUGGUGCCUGUCGAGCAUCGCAGCGUGUUCACCCCUCGGAGAAUUCAACCCGUUGCGGAUGUUCAAGAGCUGCCGCAGUCGGGCGUAUGGGUGAAGUGGACGGGAACGUGAGUCUCCUCCCAAGGAGAUCCACCGUAUCUCAUCUCCAGCAGCGUUUUACUAGGUAGAGUCAUUAGGACGGGAAGGCUUCCAUGGUCUAAUUGACCUGAAGGGAGUAACGGCGGAUUGAGUCUAUCGGACGAAGUGGAAGCUGCCUGCUUACAGGGCCUGAACGGGCCAUUAUUUGUUAGGAUAUUGCAGUGCAGUGAGCUGCGAGGAACUCCGCUGAAGUAGCUUAGUUGAAGUUCAUUAUGACGAGGGAACCAAAACAGCAAGAUCUUUCUGUGCUGGUGGAGAAAUCUGUCGAAGUGUAAGCGUCGACUGUUGGUCAAUCAGCAAUUGGAAACCUGGAGCAGCGGUGUUGCAAGCCUGUACAUGGGACUGUGGUCUGCACCGCCCUGUGCCUGGUUGUCGUAUCGUAGCGGGGCUUAUGCCUUGCAUCUCUGGACCUCGAGAAGAGGACGAAGAAAGAUGUGCAGCAGGGGGUCAAUCCUUUCCGAGCCGUAUGGCCAGGGGUCGGUUUGAUCAUCUCUCUGUAUGGAACAGUUUCAAAACUAUUGCCACCUUUCAUUCAGGUGACACGCUUACUCGAAUAACAAACGAUGGGGGAUUUGCAUGCUUUUCUCCUCCCACGUGGGCUUCCAUUGCCGGGUCUGUGGCCCCGGGAUCUAUCGCCAUUUUGGAAGACAGGAUCUUGAAAUGGAACGAAAUUUUGCUCUGGCACUCUAUUGGCGUUGCGAGUGGUGUUUUGCUCGGAGCUAUUCGGAGUUUUGCUCAGUUUCAUGCGUCAAAGGGCGGUAAAGAGUUCAAGAGUGCUGUGGAAAUCGGCGGCACUCUGCAGGAGCUGUCGGACUCACAACUACUAGUGGCGGGCAGCCGAUCCUCUCAAGACUAUGAUAUUGAGAAGGACAUGAAGCUGUCUCUCUCUCCACUAUCUCUUGUAAUAUACCCGAUGUCUAGUUUGUAUGUAUAAAUUUUUUUUAGCUUAGCUGAACCCGUAGGUCAGAAAUAUUAUAAUAAAAUCAAAGACUAGUUCUUACAUUA